AUGGCACACAGUUGUUUGUCGUCGUUUUAUCAAUUAAUUUUUAUUGCUGUUAUUAUUUUUGCCUUUCACACUAGUAUUUUAGAAGCUAAAAGUAUUUUGAAUCAUGAACCAGUGUGUGUAACUAAAACUUGUAAAAAAACCGCUGAUAGAUUAUUGAAGAAUAUGGAUCAAAAUGCUGAUCCAUGUAAUAGUUUUUAUCAAUAUGCUUGUGGAAAUUGGUCAGAUGAAAAACAAAGUAUGACGAGGCUCAUGAGAGAUAACAUAUCAUUUAAAUUAAAAGAACUUGUGUACGCUAUACCAUCACAAAAGAAUUCAACUGUGACUAAAUUAAAAAGAUUCUAUGAAUCUUGCCUUCAGAUAGUUCUUGAAAUUCUUGAUAAAAACGGAGGAUGGCCAUUAAUUAUGAUAAAGGAGGAAUGGUUGUCAAAAAAUAAGCCAUGGCAAGAAAUUGAUAUAACAUUCAGGAAAAUGAUAGAUUUUUCUCCACUUUUCAAAUUUGAUGUUUAUAUUUCUCCCAAUAUAGAAAUCUCUCCUAAAAUUUAUUUGAAAACUACUAAUGCUGAUCCUGAUGAGGAAAUAUUCUCUGGAGAUAUUCUUGAAAACUUUGAAGAUUUUAUAAUGUUACCUCAAGCUAUUUCUUAUAAAAAUGUUAUUAACAAAAUUGCUCAGAUAUUUACAGAACACCGAAAUGUGUCUCUGGCAGAUAAAAAGCUUCAAAAGAAUAUAGAUGAUAUUAUCAAGUUUGAAUGGAAUUUAGAAUGGAUAAAAAAUAAAACAAUGAACGAAGAUGAUGGUAUUUAUAAACUUUGGAUAAAUUUUGAUGAUUUUAAAAGUAAUUUCAGUUCGAUGAAUGUUACGACUACAAAUGGAAAGAUUGAUUUUUUAAAUAUGACUGAACAAUAUUUUGGUGAUCAUUCUGAUUUUAAUAUUCCUGGAUCACAAAUAAUUUUUACGAAUUAUCGUUACUUUUUGGAAUUAGUCAAGUUACUAGAUCAAACUUCUUCUGAAGUUAUUGCGAAUACACUACAUUGGAAUUUUAUAAAGACAUUUGGUCCUCAUGCAUCUAAACGACUAUUUUCAAUAGUACAGGACUUAUUAUUGCCAUCAGUACGUAAUCAACCGUUCAAACUCAGUAGCCGUUGGGACAUAUGCAUAUCAAAGACUAAAAAUUUUUUUCCACAUUUAACUGCUUAUGCUUAUGUGCAAAAGUACUCUUCUCAAAAAAUUAUCGAUGAAAAUGUACAAAUGACAAAGAGAAUUAUGGAAGGAAUGACAAACGUAAUCAACCGCUCUUCCCUUCCUCAUUAUUUAAAAAAAUACUGGAUAAAAUCAAUCAACUAUUCGGAAUUUUUGGUUGGAAUGUACUUUUUAGUAGUAUUAUAUGGAAUUUUACAAAAUCCAUAUUUUGAUGUUAAACAACCGGACGUUAUCAAUUAUGGUGGUAUUGGUGAAGUAAUUGGACACGAAAUAGCACACAGCUUUUAUGUAUUGAAAAAUCCAUAUCAUAGAAAUGGAACAGAAAGACAUUGGUUUACGUUUUCUAAUGACACUGAGAUUCGAGACCAAAUUCGUUGUGUAGUUGAGAAAUAUUCUAACUACUCAAUUCUUGUAAAAAACAAAACUCAUCAAGUGAAUCCAUAUAAAACAUUACAGGAAAAUCUCGCUGAUAUUUUAGGCGUACAAGCCGGCUAUGAAGCAUUUCAGAUCUGUAAAAAAAAUAAUAAAGAAUCCAGUAUAAGAUUACCCGGUCUUGAACAUCUUAACAGUAAUCAGCUUUAUUUCCUUUCCUAUGCAUCUAAUGAAUGUAGUUCUAGAAAUGAUGAUUUACUAAUUAAUAGCUUGAGAGACACUCAUACACCGGCAAUAUUCAGGAUAGAUGGUGCUCUUUCAAGCAGUAACAUUUUUGCAGAAGCUUUUCAAUGUCCCAAAGGAACUAGAAUGAAUCCUGAAAAAAAAUGUGAUUUAUCUAGUGAAUAA